AUGACUGGCUAUGAGCCCUUUAAGUUUUUCUCUAUCCGCAUGUCUUCAAUUAAUUCUCCAUCAGUGAUUUUUAAAACAAUAAAAACUUUCAAUCCGGGUAAAACUGAAGAAUAUAGAGCGAAAAAAGCGUAUGUGCAGGACAAGGGAUACUUACGCCAAAAAAGACCAUGUCCAUUUUAUUAUAGGAUACCCACUUGCACGGCGUCAAAGUACUCAAUUGGCUGUGCUUCUUCAAAAAAACUAACAUACACAAGAACCAAAUUUAAAUUCAACUUGGUUACCCAAAGAGAGAAUUCAUUAUAG